CUUGCGCCGAUACAUGUGUCAAGAAUUGUCUUUUCUCGAACUUUUAUGCGAAUAUGCGUCCUGAAAAGUAAGAGAUAUUUUAAUCAGUUAAAAAAAAUCUUGUCCUGUGUUUGUAUUUUGAACAUACAAUAACAUGUAUGAUAUAUGUCAUCCUGCUUAUUAUGAACUAUGCAAGCUUGCCUGCAGCGACCCAGUGAAAACUACUAUUGCCUUUUACGUCUAUAUUGAACUAUGCGAAGUAAAGCGAUUCUGGGAUAUCAGAUACAAGUAUAACGAGGAACUUGAUCAGUUCUAUUUUGAAGUUAAGAAGAGUCAGAAUUCUCAGAUGGAGAUAUACAUACCUUGGGCAACCAAAUAUAACAUUUCCUUUAGUAAAAUUGAGAAGAUACAAGAUAUCUUGCAAAGUGAACGAUUGACAUUUGUCUUUAAAUCUGAGGACAGUAGCAGUGUCUGUUACACGGUAAGCAGAGGUCUUGUAAAGCCAGAGUCGCCUGAAACAACUAAAAAACGGAAAGAAAUGGAAGAGAAGAAAGCUAACUUAGAAACGGAGAUUCGUAAAAACACAUCGAAUUUAUACGAAUUAGCCAAAACUCUUCGUGAAAGUAGCGAUCAAAGUUGCACCGUUAAUUCAGAUAUCAGUGUAGAAUCUGAGAAAUCUGUAAAUAUCGAAUUAGCGAAAACUCUUCAUGAAAGUAACGAUCCAAGUGACACUGCUAAUUUAGAUGUCAGUGUAGAAUCUGAGAAAUCUAUGAAUAUCGAACUAGUAACUCUUCAUGAAAAUAGCAAUCCAAGUUGCACUGUUAAUUCAGGUAUCAAUAUAGAAUCUGAGAAAUCCGUAAAUGUUGAAUCCAUCGUGAAACCUGCAAAUAUUGGUGCUACUGCAGAACCGAAAAAUACCGAUUCCUGAGUGUCGUUUCAGACAGUUGUAAAAGGGGGAGAAGAAGUUCUUUUCGCUGUAUAAUUUAUAAUUUAUAUAAAUGAAAAUUGUUUCCAUCAUAUCUGUGAUAAUUAUCAUUUCGCUGCUAUAACAGGAUAUAAAAUAAGCUGUAUGGAUAACAAAUAUGUACAUUAGACAUAAAGAUGCGUAGUUUUUAAUAUUUAUUCUUUUAAAGUAAUUUUUAUAUAUGCAUGUAUAAUAUGAAUUUGGAGAAUACUUCUAAGGAUUGCAUAAUUGCUUAAAGUGAUAUGUAAUAAGCUGCCACUGCAAAUAUAUCUGCAUUAAAUAAAUUAAUUCUUACAAGUCUGCAUCUACCACAUAUUAUUCGUAUAGUAAUUAGUAGACACUACAAAAUAUACGAGGCACAUAAUUUCUCCUUAUUAUAAAACUAACGAUAAAUAUAUAGCGAACAUUUUUCUCUAACCGAAAUUAUAUUUAGCAUAACGCUGUAUGAUCAAUUAUGUAUAUAUAAAAAGAAAAGGUGAAUAACGAAAUAAAAUUGCCUAAUAAAAAUCGCUAUAAAUCAAGAGAGUAAGUUUAUCUACACAAAAAAAACCAUAUACGCGAUAUAUUUCUUUUAUAUAUAUAUACAUAUUUAAAUCGCGCCGCGCACUUUAGACCACACCACAUUAUUCUAAAUCGCUAAAAUGAUCUUGCUGCGCAAAGUUUUGCGUGUAAUAUCAGUGGUAAAGUAAUUUGUUCAUGAUGCUUUCUCACUAUAUCGAGAGAGUUACACAUAUGCUGCAAAACACAAAAUACAAAAUGGUAUUUAUUAUGACGUAAAAAUACUAUUACCGUAUGAAAUUGUUUACAAGAUCUUCGAAAGUAUUACACUUUGGCAGUUGAAAGUAGCUUAAAAUGAAUGGUAUUGGUAGAGUGUUUUAUCCCGCGCGCGUGUAAGAUAUAAAAAUGUAACAUACAUACAUACAUACAUACAUACAUACAUACAUAUAUAUAUAUAUAUAUAUAUAUAUAUAUAUAUAUAUGUCGACGAACAUCUACACAGGUGGUCUUGUAUCUGCAAAAUUAUAUAUAAGCAUUCCGAUAACGAAGUUGACUUGAAUUUUAGACCCUCAAGUUCCGUUCCAAAAUUGCCAUAUCGCUGAAGGAAUUAGGCCUGUAUCCAUGCGACGUGGUUUGAUGCACAAUAAAUGCCAUCGUGUCGCACUUUUCUUUCUACCUGUCUUAUCAUCGCGGAUGUUGCUUCGCACUACAAUAUUGUGUUCUUCAUUUUAGGGCCGCACAAUAUGUUUAUAUCUCAUCAUCUCAAAAAUAUUCGAUUUAAGGACUUAUGUAUUAUUAAUUAUAUAAAACAGGCACGUGGAAGAUCAUCCUGCCAUUACCCGCACCUUCCAAAUUAUUUGCCAGUAGUGUUAUACAAUGCGUCCAAGAGUGACUGAAAGUAUUUUAGGAAUACCCGAAAUACUUUUUCCUGCGUAUAUAUAUAUAUAUAUA